AUGACAAGAACCAGGAGCGAGGCUGAAUUCGAGAGGCACAGCAAAGAGGUUCGCAAGAGACAUCCUUGGGUGAUGCAGCUUUUGGAUUCUGUCCUAAUCUUGAACAAAAGGACUGGCUCUGGCGGUCCCGGGACUGCUCUCCAACAGCCGGCCCCAGCCCCGAAUCCUAGUCCCAAUAAGGGACCAAGAACGAUGCCUCGUGCAUCAACUCACCAUUCAUCUAUGCCAGGGCCUGCUACAUCCAGACACCCGGCUCCUGUACAACUGAGACCCAGCAGCAAUCGAGGACAGUCUUCCAGCAGAGCCCGCGCUACUCAAAAACCCCAUCAGUCUCAAGCCACCUCUAACCUGGUCAGCCCGAAUACUAAAGCGCUGCGUGCAACUAGUGAGUCACGGAACGCGCAAAGCAACCGUGAUACGAACAACUUGACUACUCACAGAGUUGGUCAGACUCUGGCAGAAAUCCCUGAUUCUAACAAUACAGGGGUUUGGCGGAGCACAAUGACCCUCGAUGAUGCACAGGGACGGACUCGUGCCCCUCAAACCAAAGUCCCAAACAAUAUGAAACGAAAGCUUACAAAAUUGUCCAAGCGGCAGGAAAAUGGAGCUAUGGUUUGGAACCGGCGUUGGAUGGAGUUCCGGUUCCCUAUGCAAAGACUGCCACUUUUUGACGAUAUAACAAACUCAUAUUUGAGACUUUUCGAGAAAGUUGAGACGAAUGUCCAGAAGUGGGGAAGCAUCUACAAAAACCCAAGUUUUCGCCGCGAAAUAGAAGGCGCGCGGGACUUCCACACCACUACAGAGGACGAAAAGACAAAAAAAGCGAGACUGCGACAAUUUCCCGAAACAUUCCAGAAAGAUCUUCAUGAGCUCAGAGUUUCGGAGGACAAGGUCUUUGUCUUGACAGAUCUUGCUCUUGUGACAACCACUUCCGGAUGGAACAAGCGUCUCAUAGUUCCGCGGCCUAAGACUGUAAAUGGUCGACGUUUAGAGCCCCGGAAAGUGGCUUCGGUCAUAUGUUGCGUUCCCCAUGUCGGGGAACCUUUGCCGCCGUGGAUCACUUUCAAAGUGGACCGAAUCAAACAAUUGCAAGACAACUUUGAUGGCACUCCUGUUUGCUUCACUCUGGAUGGAUGGGUUGAGCCUUUCCAUCUUUUGGACUGGGUCAACCUUAUCUUUGAUCCCAAGACUAACCCUACAGGAGCGACGGGCAAAAUCGCUCCCCGCCGAUUGCUUUUACUUGAUGGGUACAAGUUCCCCAUCAAUCCUGAUUUUUUCAUCACUUGUUGGUUGAAAAACAUAUUUUGUGUGUGUAUUGCUCGUCAUGGGGGUCAAUACUUCAAUCCUUUGAACCAUGGCAUGUUCCAACGUAUCAGUGACUUGUACGCGGACUGGAUCAUGUCCCAAGUCGAGGAUGAAGCCGAUGAAACACAUGAGUUUAAGGCCGACCCCCGAGAAUUCGCCGCAACUAUUCGGAGAAUCAUGGCCCAUUCAACUGUGAAGAAAGAGAUUGCAGUGGGCUGGGAACGGACAUGCUUGUUUCGGAGCGAGGAUAAGCAGGCCAUCCGCAACUUGAUUGAUGGAGAGGUUGUGCCCGAGUCCAGCGGCUCAAGCACUUCUGUGAGAGCCAGGCUAAGACCGAGACCGGAAACUCCUCCCCAAGGAAUGGCGGUGAAUUUGAUUUCACCCGAGCCCUCGACACAGAGGACACAAGAGUCGGGUCCUUGUUCGCCGCUGGCCCAAAAAGGACCUGUGCAAAAUGACGAUGACGGACUCGACGGAUUUAUCUCAGAGGACACGUAUAAUUCGCAGAGUGAAGAGUACGUACCUUCUCGAGAGUGUGGUUUUGAGUCAGCAGAAGACUUCCCUUGUGAUGACUUCCUGCUGGACGGCUUUUCAGAGUUUUUCCACGGUGAAGAAGAUGAGACAGUAACAAGGGAUGCCGAGGCUUCGUCCGACACAGUUGAGCCUCUAAAUUUGCAAAUACCCGAGCUGGCAAUGACCCCAGAGUCCAAUAAUGUGAUUGUUGACGAGGACCGGUUGGGUGUCACUACAGAUGACUGUUCCAGACAUCCGACCAGCCCGGUAAUGGACUCUAGCGACCACGACGCUGCCAUCCUGAGUGAUGAAGAUGAGGAAGACUCGCAGUGGUGCCGAGGCCAGAAAAGGAAAAUGCUUGAAAGACUUAACAGUAUUAUUGACGCAACUUCGCCGGAGUCGAAAAGAAGGUGCAAGAGAAAAGUCAUGGAGACAUACAAGGAAAUGGUUGCAGCAUAUGGUACACUCCACCGUGUCCUAGCUGCCAAAUCUGUUUACUCUGGCAGUGACACCCAAGACCCACUGCCACUACCUCCAGUCUCAAGAUCCGACAAGGAUCACUCCGAACGAGAGGACGAGCAUACUGAGAGCAUUGCCCAUCAAGCCACAGGUGCUGAGGUCACCUCUCAAGCCGAAGAUCACGGCCAAGCUCAAGCCGAUGGACCUGAGAAUGGUGAUGGUCAGGCGAAUGAUCAAUUUGAUCAGGUGCAAUUCGAGCUGCAAACGCGAGACGAAGAACGGCGUCGCAAAAAGCGUGAAAAGCGGAAACUCAAGCACAAGCAGCAAAAGGAGCGCCGGGAAGCAGAAAAAAGACAAGAACAUAACGCCCGCAUAUUAGAAGUGGAGAGGGUGUUGGAGCAGGAAAGGAAGAAGGUCAAAGAAAGAGAGGAGCCUCUGAGACUCUUGAAGGACGAGCAGAAGGAGAACUCUCAGGCUCAAUCGAGUCGACGCUACAAAAGCAAAGGUCGGAAGGGCUCUUCUCCCGAAAGGACCAAAAAGCUUCAACAGGACAAGAAUUGGUUCCAGCCAAGGCAACAAUGGCAAACCAAGCUCACUCCCUCCUCAAGCGGUUGA